CUUCCUCCUUAUAAUAAUAAUUGGUGUCAUCGGUCUCCUGUAGUGAUCAUUUCAUCAAGAGAGAUGGGCAAGAGAGGCACAAGGUUGCCAAAUUUCUGUCUAAACAGAAUUAGGCCUCUGGUUAGAGUCCGGUCGCCACCUAUACAAUCCAAGCCUACUGCUAAAAGCGAUGUAAAAUGUGAGAAUUCUGGCAUUGUUAAUGGAGAAGAGAAGUGUAGUAGUGAUGGAGUGAAACCCGGUUUGGUAAAUGGUAGGAAAAUCAUGAUCGUGGUUGAUUCGAGCAGUGAAGCUAAGGGAGCUAUACAAUGGUCAUUAACUCACACAGUUCAGAGUCACGAUAAAGUUAUUCUUCUUUAUGUCAUCAAGCCUUCUAACCAAGAUUCAACCGCAGGUGGAGAAUCAUCCAAGAAAAUGGAGAGAUCAGCUCCAAGGGCUUAUCAACUUGUUCAUAACUUGAAAAAUAUGUGUCAGCAGAAAAGACCUGAUGUUCAACUUGAGGUUGCAGUGGUGGAAGGGAAGGAGAAAGGUCCAGCAAUAUUAGAAGAAGCGAAAAAACAAGGCGUGUCUCUUCUUGUUCUUGGGCAGAAGAAACGCUCCACCACCUGGCGUCUCAUUAUGAUGUGGGCAGGUAAUCGAGUCCCUGUUGGCGUUGUUGAAUAUUGUAUCCAAAAUGCAGCUUGCAUGGCAGUUGCUGUGAGGAGAAAAGGCAAAAAACAGGGAGGUUACUUGAUCACCACUAAACGUCACAAAGAUUUCUGGCUCUUGGCUUAAAUAUUCAUUGACAUCAUGGGUUUUUUAAUUUAUUAUUAAUUAAUGAGUUAUUGUGAUCAUGUCUAAUCUUAGCACAGAGAAUUAAUUUGUGAAUGUGUUUCUGUAUUGUUUGUAAAUUAAUGAAAGAUUAAGUAAAGUGGAAAAAUGGAAAGUGCUUGGGGUGUGAAUGAAAAAA